AUGCCGUUUAAAAUCAUGCCCCAAAAGAAGAGCUUAUCUGUACUCCGAACUCCUUUGAUUCUCUUCCUGUGCCAGGUGAUGAGUGCCCUGGAAGUCCCUCUUGAUCUGGUACAACCUCCAACCAUCACUCGCCAGUCUCCAAAAGACUACAUUAUUGACCCCCGAGAGAAUAUCGAAAUCCAAUGUGAGGCAAAAGGGAAGCCACCUCCCAGCUUCUCCUGGACACGCAAUGGAACUCAUUUUGACAUAGACAAAGAUCCUUUAGUAAAAAUGCUGCCCAAUUCAGGAACCCUUGUCAUCAGCAUUAUAAUUGAAGGGAAGGCAGAGACAUAUGAAGGUGUCUAUCAGUGUACUGCAAGAAAUGAACGUGGAGCAGCUAUUUCUAAUAAUAUUGUAAUUCGUCCAUCUAGAUCUCCUUUGUGGACCAAAGAAAAACUGGAACAAAUCACAAUUCUGAAAGGGCAGUCUCUUGUACUUCCUUGCAGACCUCCACUUGGAUUACCACCACCUAUUAUAUUUUGGAUGGACAAUUCUUUUCAGCGCCUUCCACAGAGUGAAAGGGUCUCCCAAGGUCUAAAUGGAGACCUUUAUUUUUCAAAUGUGCUACCAGAAGACACUCGUGAAGAUUAUAUUUGUUAUGCAAGAUUUAAUCAUACUCAGACCAUCCAACAGAAACAGCCCAUUUCUGUGAAAGUACAUUCAAUGGAUGAAUUGAAUGACACUAUAACUGCUAAUUUGAGUGACUCUGAGUUUUACGGUGCCAAGUCCUAUAUCGAGAGGCCACCAAAACUUUUGACUCCAGAAGGCCGCACAAGUCAUAAAGAAGAGUUACGAGAAAAUGUUCUUUCCCUAGAGUGUAUCGCAGAAGGCUUGCCUACUCCCUCUAUUAACUGGACAAAAGAAGAUGGAGAGCUACCCAUUAACCGGACAUUUUACAAAAACUUUAAGAAAACUCUGAAUAUCGUUCAUGUUUCAGAGGCAGACUCUGGAAGAUACAAAUGUACAGCAAGAAAUUCUUUAGGAUUUGUUGAACAUACCAUUUCAGUCACAGUCAAAGCGGCCCCAUAUUGGAUCACAGCGCCCAGAAACCUUGUGCUGUCCCCUGGGGAAGAUGGGACUUUGAUCUGCAGAGCUAAUGGAAAUCCCAAACCCAUCAUUAGCUGGUUAACAAAUGGUGUUCCAAUAGAAAUGGCUCCUGAUGAUCCCAGCAGAAAAAUAGAUGGCGAUACCAUUCUCUUUUCUGAUGUUCAAGAAAGCUCCAGUGCUGUUUAUCAAUGCAAUGCUUCUAAUGAAUAUGGAUACUUGCUGGCAAAUGCAUUUGUGAAUGUUUUAGCUGAACCACCUCGGAUACUUACUGAAGCAAAUUUGCGCUAUCAGGUCAUUACAGAUAGACCUGCAAUGUUAGAUUGUGCUUUCUUUGGUUCUCCCAUUCCUACCAUCGAAUGGUUUAAGGGGACAAAAGGAAGUGUUCUCCAGGAAAACAUAUAUGUAUUUCAUGAUAAUGGAACUUUGGAAAUUCCUGUGGCCCAAAAGGAUAGUGCAGACACAUAUACAUGUGUAGUAAGGAACAAAUUAGGGAUGGUAAAAAAUGAUGUUCAUCUAGAAGUCAAAGAUCCAACCAGAAUCAUAAAAGAGCCUGAAUACAAAGUAGUACAAAGAGGUGGCAGGGUUUCCUUUGAAUGCAAAGUGAAACAUGAUCCGACUUUAAUAGCUACUCUCACAUGGCUGAAGGAUAAUGGUGAGCUGCCAAAUGAUGGAAGGUUCAGUAUCGAUAAUGACCAUCUGGUUAUAAUGAAUAUAAGUGAUGAAGAUGAUGCAACCUACACUUGUGUGGCAAAUACAUCUCUGGACAUUGUUUCUGCAAGUGCUAUGCUUAGAGUUGUUGGUAAGACUCCAACUCCAGCUCCUGUUUACGAUCGUCCAAAUUCACCGUUUGAUUUGGAAUUAACAAGUUUACUUGAAAGAAGCGUUCAGCUGUCAUGGACACCAGGGGAAGAAAACAAUAGCCCUAUUACAGAGUUCAUCAUUGAAUACGAAGAUGCCUUUCAUGAGCCAGGCAUAUGGCAUCACCAAACUGAUGUCCCUGGAACACAGACAACAGCAGAGUUGAAACUUUCUCCUUAUGUAAAAUAUUCUUUCCGUGUAAUUGCUGUCAAUAGUAUUGGUAGAAGUCAGCCCAGUGAAGCAUCGAGUUAUUAUAUGACUAAAGCAGCAGAACCAGAGAAGAAUCCUACUGCUGUUGAAGGAAUAGGAUCAGAGCCUGAUAAUUUGGUGAUUACAUGGCAGCCUUUAAAAGGCUUUGAUUCGAAUGGACCUGGUCUUCAGUAUAAAGUCAGCUGGCGCCAGAAAGAUGGUGAUGAUGAGUGGACAUCUGUUGUAGUUGCAAAUGUAUCCAAAUACAUUGUGUCAGGCACACCAACCUUCGUGCCAUAUUUGGUGAAAGUACAGGCACUAAACAAUGUGGGAUUUGCUCCAGAGCCUGGGAUCAUCAUUGGACAUUCUGGAGAAGACUUACCAAUGGUGGCCCCUAGCAACGUGCGUGUGAAUGUGGUGAACAGCACCUUGGCCGAGGUGCACUGGGAGCCGGUACCCCCCAAAAGUAUUCGAGGACACUUGAAAGGCUAUCGGAUUUACUACUGGAAAGUGAAAAAUUCAUCUAAGAGAAACAGGCGUCAUGUGGAGAAAAAAAUCCUCACUUUCAAUGGCAACAAGACUCAUGGCAUGUUGCCAGGCCUGGAGCCUUUUAGCCAUUAUACGCUGAAUGUUCGUGUGGUCAAUGGGAAGGGGGAAGGGCCUGCCAGUGUUGAUCAAGUAUUCAAUACGCCAGAAGGAGUUCCCGGCGCUCCUCUUUUUCUGAAGAUCGUUAAUCCAACCCUUGAUUCGCUAACUCUGGAAUGGGAUCCACCGAGUCAUCCAAAUGGUAUUUUGACAGCGUAUACCCUCAAGUUUCAGCCAAUUAACAGCACACACGAAUUGGGCCCUUUGGUGGAUUUAAAAAUUCCAGCCAACAUGACAAGCUUGAUUUUAAGAAACUUGAGUUAUAGCACACGCUACAAGUUUUAUUUUUACGCACAAACCUCAGCGGGAACCGGCAGUCCAAUAACUGAGGAAGCUGUGACAACAGUGGAUGAAGCUGGGGUUCGCCCACCUGCUGUGGGUGCAGACAAAGUUCGACCAGUUAAUCCAAGGAUCCGAAAUGUUACUGCAGCUGCCGCUGACACCUAUGCCAACAUCAGUUGGGAAUAUGAGGGACCAGAUCAUGUCCACUUUUAUGUUCAAUAUGGUGUAUCAGGGAGCAAAGAAGAAUGGAGAAAAGACAUUGUAAAUGGUUCUCGGAGCUUCUUUGGGUUAAAGGGUCUACUGCCAGGAACAUCAUACAAAGUUCGAGUUGGUGCUGAGGGGGACUCGGGUUUUGUGAGUUCUGAGGCUGUGUUUGAGACAGGUCCAGCAAUGGCAAGCCGGCAAGUGGAUAUUGCUACUCAAGGCUGGUUCAUUGGUCUGAUGUGUGCUGUUGCUCUUCUCAUCUUAAUUUUGCUGAUUGUUUGCUUCAUCAGAAGAAACAAAGGUGGUAAAUAUCCAGUCAAAGAAAAAGAAGAUGCACAUGCUGAUCCAGAAAUUCAGCCUAUGAAGGAAGACGAUGGAACUUUUGGAGAAUACAGUGAUGCAGAGGACCAUAAGCCUUUAAAAAAAGGAAGUCGAACACCUUCAGACAGAACUGUGAAAAAAGAGGAUAGUGAUGAUAGUUUGGUUGACUAUGGAGAAGGGGUAAAUGGCCAGUUCAAUGAGGACGGUUCCUUUAUUGGACAAUACAGUGGUAAGAAAGAGAAAGAACCAGCAGAAGGAAACGAAAGUUCGGAGGCUCCUUCGCCCGUCAAUGCCAUGAACUCCUUCGUUUAA